AUGGGUAUUUCAGGAAUAUCUUUAGGAGCUUCUUGCAAUGGUAAUCCACCAAUGAAUCUCUAUCAGUGCAGUGAUGCAAGUGCGACAUGUUUAUGGUCCUCUGGUUCCUACAAAUGUACCUGCAAUACGGGAUACCACCCGGAAGAUUCAGAAUGUAUUGCCAAUAAACCCCUUGGGGAAACAUGUUAUGUUUCAACUGAUUGUUCAGAUCCUGCAUCAGGCUGUAUGAAUAGCAAAUGUAUCUGUGGUCACAAUUAUUAUGACAAUAAUGGCUUUACUCAAGGAGGAACAUGUUCACCAAUAACAAAUCUUCAAGUUACAAAUAUUGGCUUUCCGUCAUCUUCAGUAAAAACAAAUGAGAUUACAGUAACAUGGUCAGCACCAGUUAGUUAUAAACAGUACAUAGAUCGGUAUAGUGUGGAAUGGAAACGGACUUAUGAUAACAGUAUUGCUGUUCAGUCAGAAGGUGUUGCUUCACCUGGUACAUCUCUGACACUUACAAAAGGAAUAGAGUCUGGUAGAGCAUACACUGUGACCAUCAUAUCAAUAAAUGACCGAACACAGACAAGUUAUGAAAGAACUAUAUCAGUUAAAAAACAACAGGCUGCAAAACCAACUGUAACAAGUGGACUAGAUUGGUCAAACAGUAAUCGAGAUGCCACUACCGGUACUAUUAAAGUAGCUUGGGUUGCUGCAGCUGGUUAUGUAAAUCAGUACCAUAUACAAUUGUUAGAUGGAACAACAACGAUCCAGACAAAAACAAUCCAGUCGCCUAAAACACAUUCUGAGUUUCAAGUUUCAGGACUUAGAGAUGGAUAUAGAUACAAUGUUAAAAUAGAGGCACGGAGUGAAAGUUACGAUUCUGGAAAACGUGUAUCGGGAGAAACAUUCAAUGCAGAAUUCAAAACUACGCCCCAAAGUCCAGACCCACCUCGAAAUGGCCUCUGUAAGGAACCAACGGACAAAUCUAUCACAUUGAAAUGGUCAAAACCUGCUGAUACAAAGGGAGACUUGAAGAAGUACCACAUUCGUGUCUAUCAGAACUCUAAUACUUCCAAGUUCAUUGUAAGCACAACAGGAACUCAGAAGACAGUUGGUAAUCUUGAUCCAGGUACACCAUAUACAUUCUGGAUCUAUACAGAAAAUGAAAAGUACAAUUCAACCAGUUAUAACAUUGUAGUGACAGGCUGUAAAACUAAAGCAAAACUGUCAGAACCACCAACCAACCUCCAAAUAACUGGAAUUACAAGUCGUAGUUUUGAUAUCUCCUGGAUGGAACCUACAGAAACCUACAGUCCAGAGAACUAUGGUUAUGUUCUACAGAUUAAGGUUGAUCAGGAUAAAUGUGUGAAAGAGAUCAUUUAUAGAUGUUCAGACUGUGUAGGCAGUUUUCAGAUUUCAAACUUGAAUGGUUUAUGCAAUUCUACAGUUCGAUCAACGAUAGGCAAGACUAAGCAAGAACUAGAAGGUCAGCUAACAUAUCCUGUAAGUCUUAAUCCAGGUAUUGCUUACACUGUGACUGUUACUGCUAUCAAUGAUGUAGGAAGAGGAUAUCCGGCUAACAAGACAGAAAAAACUAUGGAAGAAG